GAAAGAUCCAACAACUUCCAGAUAAAUAUGAAAGCUUGAAAAGUCUGAACCAGAAGUUUUCUAAGAAUUUUCUAAAAUGGGGAAAAUGAGCGGAUGUUUCACCAGUGGCUGCGGGAACCAGAUGAAAUUAGUCAGUAUGCUUGGGUUGACCGGGUCGUUCAUGGUUGUAGAGCUAGUAGUUGGGAAUACCACGAACUCUAUGGCACUGGUAGCAGACAGUUUUCAUAUGCUCAGCGACGUUAUUGCAAUCAUAAUAGCAUUUGUUAGUGUCAGGAUGAGCCCCAAGCGGUGGAAGAAGAACACAUAUGGCUGGGCCAGAGCAGAGGUUGUAGGAGCUCUCGUGAAUUCUGUGUUUCUAAUUGCUCUUUGCUUUUCAAUCCUAGUGGAAGCAAUAAAGAGGUUUAUGGUGAUUGAACCUUUAAAGGACCCGAAACUUAUUCUGAUAGUUGGUGGGGUUGGGCUUGGUAUCAACCUUGUUGGUCUUCUUAUAUUUGGACAUCAUGGCCACUCCCACGAGGGAACAGCUGGCCACUCACAUGGUGAAGACGACCACGACCACGCGCAUGCGCACCUACACUCAGCCGACAAAUUAGCAAUGGAAGAGAACAAAACCAGAAAGACUGAAAAAGGAGAAGAUGUAAAAAGUAAACAGAAAGAAAUGUCUGGAGAACAAAUGAAUAUAGCUGGUGUGUUCCUUCAUAUACUGGCAGAUGCCCUGGGUAGCGUUGUAGUUAUCAUCAGCGCGCUGGUUAUCUGGCUGACCGACUGGCAAUACAAAGACUAUCUGGAUCCAGUUCUUUCUGUUGUUAUUGUCAUUCUCAUCUGUAUCAGUUCCUGGCCUUUACUAAGGGAUUCUACCUUAGUUUUAUUGAACUCUAUCCCAGCCCACAUAGAUCUGGAUAAAAUAGAACAAGAAUUACUCCGCAGAACACAGGUAUAUAGAACAAAAAAUACUAAUAUUAACAAUAAUAAAAAUAAUUAUUCAAUAGUAAAAGGAAAAGUAAAGCAUUCAGCAUUAUAA